AGUGAUCAUAUGGAUGAUUGACACACGCUUCUGUUGGCGCGUGCAUGCACAGAUGUGUAGCUAGGGGGGAAAAAACACUGCAGUUAAGUAGAUUAAAGCUUGUUUUGCAAUGGAGCUGGUGAAGCAGAUGUUGGCGCAGUAUCCGCAGCUGCUGUACGGAGGAGUCGGGGCCGCGGCGUGUCUCACCGGCGGCGCGCUCUUUUGCCGGAUCACGAACAGGAAGAAACCGACGCAUGUGAAGGUGAAUUGUUGGUUCUGUAAUCAGGACACGGAGGUUCCGUAUGGAAACAGGAACUGCUGGGACUGUCCUUACUGCGAGCAGUACAACGGCUUCCAAGAGAAUGGUGACUAUAACAAACCAAUCCCUGCGCAAUAUAUGGAGCACCUCAACCACGGAGUGUCAGCUGGCCUUCCUGUGUCUGAAGCCCCCAAAACACUGCAGUGGGUGAACUGCCAAAUGCUGCUGUGUAAGAAAUGCAACAACAACCAGACAGUGAAGAUUAAGCAGCUGGCUUCUUUCACUCCCAGAGAGGAGGACAAUUAUGAUGAAGAGAUUGAAGUGUACAAGCAUCAUCUUGAGCAGACGUACAAGUUGUGCAGGCCAUGUCAGACUGCAGUGGAGUACUACAUCAAGCACCAGAACCGGCAGCUGAGGGCUCUGCUCCUUAACCACCAGCUCAGGCGCAGCCGAGAUACAGACAAAGCCUUCAUCACGAGCUCCUACACAGUCUCCACUCCUGCCUGGCUCAUAAUGCUGCGAGCCCUGGCUUUCCUCGCGUGUGCUUUCCUGGUCACCCUGGCUGUGUACGGAUCUGGAGACUUAUCCUCCCCCGCUGAUGGCUCUCACAUCCUGAAGGGAGGAGUCGCGCCACCCAAACACUCUCUCCAAAAUGGCACCGAAGCCAAGGUCAAUGACAGCACCAGAAGUGGGCCGAUGUGGAGCGAUCUAGUGGGCCUUCUUCCAGAAGAGGCUGUAGAGAACGCUAAGCUGAUCUGGGAGUCUGGAAGCAACCAUCAGAUGGCUGUAGCUUCUGUCGGCCUUUUGACUUGCAUCACUGGUGUCCUAAUGGCAGGGCCUGUCAGGUUAAGGAGAAUUGACGCCUUCGCUUCUUUCCUUUGGCUCCUCGUGUUAUGCCUGUACUCUGUCGAGUUCUACCUGAAGACGGACACCCCUGAUUGGCUGGAUGCGAUCAAGCUUGGCGCCACCUCCUUGUGCUGCUUGGUCGGAUUCGCCGCAGCCGUGGCCACGCGCAAGCCCGCGAGUCAGAGAAGAACCAGAGGCCGCAGGUAUCUGUCUGGCAGUUCUUUUGGGAUGUACUGCAGUGGUCAGUCCCCGAUGGUGUCUGGAUCGUCUACCUUCAUCCCCACUCCUCCUCCCAACCUGGCACAGCUCCUCGCUCACCAGCAAAGCCAGAAAACCCGUCGAGCGUCGCCCUCCUCACUGCCAGGUCGUCUCAACAGAGCCCUCUCACUGGGCACUAUGCCAUCCCUCGCCAGGCAAGAUUCUGGUUUCCUGUUCAGCGGGAGUAGGCCGUCUUCACAGUGCAAAGACUCUCCGCCUUCAGAUUAUUUCUCUCUGAAGUCAGGAAGCCGGCCCUCCUCCCCUGCUCCCUCCCCCACACCAUCCGUGGCAGGUUCGGUCACGUCCUCCUCCAGCUCAGCCAGGCAGCGGCGGCCACUAAUCAGUCCAGCGCGACUCAACAUCAGUGGGCAGAAGUUGCAGCUUUUCUCCUCUCCUCUGGAAUCCAGGAGUCUUUCACCGCCACCGCCAUGUUUGUCAGAACCGAACUACUUCAGCAGCAGAGCUUUCAUGCCUGAUGUUCCUCACUUCCCGUCACACAAUCAUGACUUGGGUUCACUGUUUGAGGAUGGCAGUGUCUUUGAGCAUGUGGAGAACAAAAUGAGCAGCUCUUCAGGGUCAUCCAACUGCCAUGUGGACACAACCACAGGGAAUGAAAAUGACAGCAAAUCCAAAUGGGAAGGUUGUUUUGGCAGGUCCAUAUGGCCGGGUCUUUUGGUCACCAGCUUGACUGCCAACUUAACCUUUAUAUCAUUCUAUCUUUACUACAACUGGAGAUGAGAAUGGGGUUCAAACGUCAAGUUCUCGAAUGUCUCCUCAUGUGAUGUACACUGGGAUUAGGUGCUUUCAACCGCUUUUAGGCUGGAAUGGCCUACAGAGAAUUUACGCUACUGGUAGCUGUUUUUGCUGCUUGUCUUUGCAUAUUCUGUGAUCCAAAAGGUGGCACAUUUCGUGCUAAGUCAGGUUUUGAGAACACUUAAAUAAACUAAAUGGUAUCAAGUACCAAUUGAGUUGUGCUCACAAAUAGAAGAGAGCAUCCCAUCAUGCCCAAAACUAUAACAGAGCUUUUCUAAACAUUGCUCUUACGAAUUGCUUUCAUAAAGAUGUCUGAAAUAAAGCAGCAUGUUGCGAUUAAUUGAUGAGAAUUAAUUAAUAACAGCAGAACUAAUAACAGCAGGCUACAUGAGGUGCUAUUGUGCUGUAUAAUGACAUUUUUUUCUAUGAGUAAUACCAGUCUUUAAGUGGGAUUGCUAUAAUGUGAGGAAUGCUGUAUGAUUGUGCUCAUACUUAUAUUUUCAGUAAAUACCUAUUGUAAGGGUGGAACAACUUGGUAAUGGCUCCAGUUCAAUACACUGAACACUUCCAAACAACAGGUUACUCUCACUGUACCCGUGUAAGCUCCUACACCAGCGAGUGUGUACACAGACAUAUGUGUAGAUAUUUUGUACUUGGUGAUGCAUUAAACUACACUACAUUUACACAUAAUUGCCAAAUUCAAAAUGUAAUUAUUCUGUUUCAGUGAAACACAUGCACAAAUAUUCUUCACCCCCACUCACACCCCCCCCCAACACACACAUACACACAAAUCCUGAGUUGAGAUGAAUAGAUUAAUCUGAAAACUUCAGUGAAUAUUAGGCAUCUUAUUGAAGGGACUUGAUUUUAAAGAACUUAAUGUAUUGAGAUUCAAACUCAGAAAAUAAAUGUGCUGUGCUUUAUGGAAAGAAAGCAGUUUUUUGUUGUUGUUGUAAAUUUAGCAUUUCAUUUUUGUUUUCAUUGCAUA